AUGGCUCGAACUAAAGCCUCGGUAGGGGCUAAAGUAUCAGCGGGCAAGAGUAGUAAGGCUAGAUGCUGUGUAGCUCCAACUCCGAGCACUUCAAGCGGUUCAGGCUCUGAACGAGGUCACCGUGGUUCCACAGGAGGUGGUAACUCAGUAUGCCCACGGGAGACGCCCAAGUGGCAGAAGCCAAUCACCAAUUUUUUCAUUAACAAAGAAGGUGAAAAGAAAGAUGGUGUGGAUCUAGAGAAUGAUGAUCAGGCAGCUGGGAGCUCUCAUUCAAAAUCUCCGAAGAACAUUAUUGAAUCAGACGAAGACGAAAUAUUGUUAGAAAAACCAAAGAAUAAUGCCCUUGACGAAUCCAUUGACUUAGAACCAUUAAACGGAGAAGACAGUCAUAAAAUAGAAGAGUAUUACACCAAAGGAUCUAAAGGAAAAGGUGUUGGCAAGAAGAGUAAAGGGAAAGAGAACAGAAGAGAAAGUAAAAGAGAAAGAGAAGAUGAAGAAGAGAGUGUCAGCAAGAAGGUUAAGGUUAACUAA